AUGGCUAACACGCAUUCUACCGGAUCCGAUUCUGUUGAGCCUAGUGACUCGGUGUUUCUUGGUGACCGAGUGGUCACCUCUUUUCCUCGACACGAGGUUGUUAAACUAGAUGAAGGCACGUUUGUUCAAUGGCAGCAGCAGGUCCGGCUUAUUCUUCGUGGCUACGGAUUGUUUGGGCUUAUUGAUGGCUCAUUGACGGCUCCGGCGCGAUUUAUUCACUCUCCCGACGGUGAUCUUGUUGUGAAUUCGGUUGUUUCGGUCUUUGAUCAACAAGACAGUUUACUUACAUCUUGGCUGUUAUCCACCAUCAGCGCUUCAUUUUUGUCCUCUUUAUCGAUGUUCGCCCGCCGUGAUGUUUGGAACGUGGCGAACAAUUUAUCACCACUUGUGCGCUCUUCUUGCAAAGAUCUGGAUCUCGGAUCUCGGAGGUCGAAUCUGACGGCGGUUCUCCUUGCGGACUCUCAUCCGAGUUUGAUCUUUGUCGUUUUCUCUGUGUCUCUCUCUACCGGACCAUUGACGUUUCAACGCAUAGUCGAUACUUUGAUUGAGUGUGAAGCCCGACAAGUUCGGUCCGCUCAGGAGGUGUUAGUUGCUGCGAAUACAGUUGAAGGGCCACCUCUUCAGUCGACGGAUGGUUCAUUUCGGGGAGGAGGUCGUUCUUUUAUUCGUGGUCGAGGGCGUUCGUUUCGACCGAGAGUCCAGUGCCAAAUUUGUAACCGAUAUGGACAUCUUGUGCAGCGAUGUUAUUAUCGGUAUAGUCGUGAUGAGCAAUCGCCGGUUGAUGCACCGGUGGUUCGACGGGAAGGCUUUGCAUCUGGAUUUGGGCGAGAUGAUGAUCGAGUAAGAGAGAAUGGCUUCGGGACUAGAAAUAAUGGAUUAAAUCCAUUUGUUAAAUAUGAAAAUGGGCCCCGCAUUAGUGAUGAUCCAAAUCCAUAUGAUAGUGGGCGUCCAAAUCCAUAUGAUAGUGGGCGUGACUUUGGUGAUAUGGGGUUUCAAUUGUAUAAUGAUUCAUUGGGCAAUGCGUAUGGUAAAGGGGGUUUAAGGUCAAGUGGGCCUAGUAGGUCGGUUCGAUCCCGUACACCUGAUGGUCAAUUUAUACAUGAGCCCUCUGCAAAUUGUGUUGGUGUUGAUCGAUCUUGGCAGACUGUUCAUGAGGCUCCAUGGCGAACAAAACCACGUGCUCGUGUGUUCAGUGUUGCCUCAUCUCCGUAUGACUCGUCUCAGUUUGUUGGGCUUCCUCCUCGACUUCCUGAGUUGCAUACCUCGGAUUAUUCUGAUGCUUCUGCAUAUGACUCGAAUUUUAAUUCUACAGAUUCCUAUGUUCUGUUGCCGGUCGGGAGCACAUCCUGGUGCCCAGACUCAGGGGCUACCCAUCACGUCUGUAAGAAUGCUUCCGAUUUACAUGAUUCCACUCCUUAUACAGGACAUCCGCACCGUGAAAUCUUAAUGCGGGCCAAGUUCGUGAAGGGCUCUAUCGGUUCUCACCGGCUGGGACAUCCUGCUCCUAAUAUUGUAAAAGUUGUUCUAGAUAACUGUCGUAUUUCUAUAACUAAAAAUCGUCUGGAUAAUGUUUGUGUUGCCUGUCAAAAAGGAAAAUCGCAUAAGUUGCCCUUUGCUCAUUCUAAUACUAAGUAUGUUGAUUUGUUUGAAUUGGUUGUUUCUGAUUUGUGGGGCCUAGCUGCUGUUCCCUGUGAAGGAAAUCUAUAUUAUGUUUCGUUCAUUGACAUGACUAGUCGGUUCACCUGGGUAUAUUUGAUCAGUCGCAAAUCUCAAGCCGUAGAGUGUUUUGGUCAAUUUCAAAAAAUGGUUCUCACUCAGUUCGGGAAGUGUAUUAAAAAAUUUCAAAGUGAUUGGGGUGGUGAGUUUCGUGCUUUCUCGUCUGUGCUUGCUAGUCAGGGGAUACUUCAUCGAGUCUCCUGUCCUCAUACUUCUGAGCAAAAUGGUGUCGCCGAACGUAUGCAUAGACAUAUUGUGGAGACUGUUCUUACUCUUUUGGCUCAAGCCAAUUUACCAAUGAACUAUUGGGGCUAUGCCUUUUGCAGUGCAGUUCAUCUUAUUAAUCGGUUGCCCACCCCUGUGUUGGACGGACGAUCCCCGUAUCAAAGUUUGUUUAAUUAUGAACCAACUUAUGAUCAUCUGAGAGUGUUUGGUUGUUGUUUUCCAUAUUUACGUCCAUUUGUUAAACACAAGCUUGAGUUUCGCUCCCAACCGUCUACAUUUCUAGGGUAUAGUGCGCAUCAUAAAGGGUAUUUUUGUCUGACACCCGAUGGUAAGGUUGUUGUUUCUCGACAUGUUGUGUUUGAUGAAAAUCGUUUUCUGUUUCCAGUCUCUUCUUCUGCUAGUGACCAGACGUCUUCAGAUGUCACAAGAACUAUUGUCCGAGAAGAGGCCAUAUCUACUCCAGUUAUUCCUAGUGAACCUGUCUCUACAACUAAUACUCAUGGUAUGAUUACUCGAUCUAAGGCUGGUAUUUUUAAACCCAAAGCUAUGUGUGCAGCUAAUAUUGAACUUAAGCCGAGUUCGGUUGAGGAGGCGCUUGCUCAUCCCGAUUGGCGGUUAGCUGUUCAAGCUGAAUAUGAUGCUUUGAUAGCUAACUCUACAUGGGAGCUUUGUUCUCUUCCUUCCGGUCGAAAAGUGAUUGGUUGCAAAUGGUUGUUUAAAAUAAAGAAGAAUCCUGAUGGAACAAUUAAUCGUCGCAAGGCACGGUUAGUGGCCAAGGGCUGUUCACAGGUACCCGGAUGUGAUUUUACGGAGACGUUCAGUCCGGUGGUCAAACCUGCUACCAUUCGUGUUAUUCUCUCUGUUGCUGUGACCAAAGGCUGGCCACUUCGACAAGUUGAUGUCAAUAAUGCAUUCUGA